GUCUCUCUGUUCGCAGGUCUCGGACGACGAAAAGGCGUCACUGACGACAGCCAUCAGCGACGACGACGACGCCGACCGCGAGUCGCCUCUCCGCGCGCGCUCCGGCACUUCCGCCGCGAACUUCGAGUGUUUGGGUUCUGUCCGCAAAUCGGGUUUCGUUUGCGUCAAGAAAUGGUUACUAAGGAAACGCCAUUCGUUGGAAUUGGCGCGUCGGCGCGGUUGGAAGGGCUAUUGGGUGUGUCUGAAGGGCACGACUCUUCUCUUCUACAACUGCGAGUCACGUGACGGCCACGCCAUCGACGCGGCGCCCAAACACCUCAUCUUUGUGGACAACUGUCUCGUGCAGUCCGUUCCCGAACACCCGAAACGCGAUCAUGUGUUCUGUUUGUCGACGGCUUUCGGCGACGCCUACCUUCUCGACGCGCCCUGUUUGUUGGAACGCGACGCCUGGAUCGCCGCCAUUCACAGCGCGUGCGCCGCGCAAAUCGCCCGCAACUCGGGAAAGGCGGCCGUCGCGCACGUGAUCGCCGACGAGAUCGCGCGACUCGAGCGCCAGGUAGAGACGGAGGGCCGCGCGCGUCACGAGACGGAACUGUUGUUGACAUGUGUCGCCGUUGACGACCAGAAACAGCGACAGGCGCUCGUGAACGCAAUCAUGGCGUCGGAGGAGAAGAACGAGAAACAGAGAAUCGAAAUCUUUCGCCUCAAGUGCUAUCUCAGCGCAGUGGAGGCCAACGACGAGAUGCCGAAUCCCAAGACUGUGCUCUCGCUGACGAAUAGACGCACGAAAUCGCAACUCAACCGAUUGGGAGUCUUCACGGUGUCCUCUCUUCACGCCUUCAAUUGCGCCAAAAACCCCUCAAUAGUCGGAAGUCUUUUGCGGCGACAGAAGAGCGACGAGAAGGACGUCGUGUUGACGACGCGCGACGACAAACUCAUCGAAGUGGACGUCUUGAUGACGACAACCGGCGAACGACGGCGUCUCGAGGUGUCGUCGGAGUGGACGACGGAUCAGCUGCUGUUGCACCUCAUGUCGUCGCAUAGCAACGCACGCGAGUAUUACGUGUCGCAGAGCUCGCGGAUCGUGAGUCGCGGCCUUUUGUUGGGCCACUUGUCGCGCGAUUUGCUGGAAAUCAUUCCCAAAGUGUUGUUCACAGUCGAGCUUUCGCGCGACACGAAUGACGUGUUGUUCGGCUUUUCCGUCGAGUCGGAGCUCAUGGCGAGCGAUCUCUGUGUCUACGUAUCGCGGGUCGAGAGCGGAAGUAUCGCUGCGUCGCACGGAUUGCGACGUCUGGACGAACUGGUGGUCAUAAACGGCGCUCUCGUGCACGACUUGGACAUGAUGUUCGUCGAGUCGCUUCUGCAGGAGGAGUGCAACCUCUGUCUCAUGAUUCGGUCGGCGCGCGACAGCUCUCAGCAGCCCAACGACGGCGUUGUCGUAGCGGACGACACAAUAGAGACGACGGAUGACAUGAUUGAGUCGCUCGUGUGUCCGCCGCCGCCCGAAGACUCGGCGAACGCAACGCUCAUAAACAGCGAACAACUGAAAGACCUGAUUGUGCCAAAAGUGGACGCAUUUCUGCCGAAACAGAACUCCUUCUCACAACUCAUCCAUUUUCCCGCACAAAACGACGACAGCGGACGUCGUCUCGAACGACACGCGACGACACCGGCGACGACGGCAACGACUCCUUCGGACAAAAUGCGAAAAGUGGUGAAGGAAUUGGUCGAUACGGAGGUGUCGUACUGCGCGUCGCUCGAGCAGCUGUUGUCCCUGUAUUUGGAGCCGUUGUCGCGCGAGACGACACUUCUGUCGCAAACGGAUAUCGCAGUGCUUUUCGGUUCAAUCAAAGAAAUCAUUCGAAACCAAAAGCAGUUCAAAAACGAGUUGCAAUCCAUCGCUUCGGACGACAGCGGAGGCGACGGAAGCGACGCCGCGACGCCUCUCGACGUGGAGGCCAUCGCCCGCUGUUUCCUCGCGCAUUCCAACGCCUUCCGCAACUACUCGACGUUCUGCGCGUCGCACUCGCGAGCCGUCAAGUUGUUGUCCGACGAGAAGAGCGCUCAAUGUCUGCAACUCAAGGAAUGGCUGUCUCGACGCUCUUCCGGCCAAUUGGCGCAGUCUCUCGAGUCGUUUCUCAUAAAACCCAUUCAACGCGUUCUCAAAUAUCCGCUCCUUUUGUCGCAAAUGAAGUCCUUUUGUGCCAAAGAUUCGCCGCAAAGUCGACGCCUCGACGACGCGCUCAAAGCCGUCGAAAGCGUCGCCGAACACAUAAACGAAAUGCAACGCAUCCACGAGGAGUACGGCGCCAUUUUCGAGCACUUGGCCCGCAUCCAGGCGCGCGCCACCCAACAGAGCGUCGACCUCUCGCCCACAGCUCUCAUUCACGUGAACACUCUCUGCCUGUCGUCUAACGUGUCGUCUGUCGUCUAUCAGUACGGAGGCGUCCAAUGGAUUAAUUCGAUGGAGUUUUUGGGCAAAAACAGCCGCAAAGGCGUCGAACUACACUCAAUGUGUUUCGUCUUCAGACAAUUCGUGGUCUUCCUCUGCAAAGAGACGAUUCGUCGCAACAAACGACAGACGACGACAUCGGCGUCGCAGUCGCGCACAGAAGUCGAGAUAAUUCGUCACCAAACGCUGAUUCCCGUGAUUGAGGUGCAGGUGCGCGCGUCGGCGCACACGGAGACGGAACACGACUUCCGGUGGGAACUGAUUCAGCUGAAGACGAGUGCGGGCAAGCGCUCGGAGAAGAUCUACCGGUUGUCCAACAGUUCGUGCGAAUACCGGAACGCGUUUUUGCGCACAAUUCGACAGAUAAUCCGCGAAGACGUGCGACAAAUGAGUUGUCAGUUAAAGCAACAGAAGACGGCCUGCGAGGCGUCGUCUGUGGUCUCAUCGUCUGUCGUCGCCAAAGAGGACGACGCGCUGUCGUCGCAGACCGUGUCGUGCGGUCUGUGCGGGAAAGACGUGUCGAUUGGCUGUCGCUCUAAAGACCACUCCAUGACGUCAUCCAAUUUGUCGGAUUCGCCGAUUUGGAAGCGCAGACAG